AUGGCCGACCUCGAGAAGAAGUUAACUCUGGAGAAUACAGACUAUUGUUCUUCGCCUGCGGACAAAACAUCACGUCCGGAUGAUCAUGUUCACGAAACAGCCCUUCCAGACGGUGGCCUGAAAGGCUGGCUCACCGUCUUAGGCGCAUUCCUUGCAUUGCUAUGUGGCUUUGGGCAGCUGAACUCGUUUGGAACGUUCCAGUCAUGGUACGCCGAACAUCAACUCUGGGAUAAGCCAGCAUCGACAAUCUCGUGGAUUGGCACCUUGCAACUAUGGAUAUUCUUCUUCUCGGGUAGCUUCCUCGGGCGUGUAUUUGACGCUUAUGGCCCACGGAUCCUCACGAUCACUGGAACGGUGGUACUCGUAGUCAGCAUAAUGCUGACGAGUUUAUGCACACAAUAUUACCAGUAUAUGCUCGCUCAGGGCAUUUUAUUCGGGCUAGGUGUUGGCAUGUUAUUUUACCCUUCGUUGUCGGCCAUUUCAACACACUUUACAAAACGUCGGGCAUCAGCUAUUGGACUUGCCAUGGCGGGUUCUGGCAUAGGCGGCGUUAUGUAUCCCAUAAUACUCCGCCGGUUAUUCGCCGAAGUCGGAUUUCCAUGGGCGGUGCGCAUCUCGGGCUUCAUCUCCCUCGCACUGUGUCUUGUGGCGAUCACGACUGUCACAAGCCGCCUCCCAGCGGGACGUGACUCUGGGCCGUGGAUUAAUGCGUCCAUGUUUAGAGACGUGCCUUACGUACUAGUCGUUGUUUCGGGCGCUUUGAUAUCUCUUGGCUUGUUCAUACCCUACUUCUACAUCGUCGAUUAUGCCAUGGCACACUCCAUCCCGGCCACUACCGCCUUCUACGUCCUCUCCGUCAUGAAUGCCGGCUCGGUCCUCGGGCGCAUCGCCCCGUCGUACCUCUCCGACAUGUUUGGGCGCUACAAUCUUAUCGUACCCUGUUCAUUCUUGGCAGGGCUCCUCCCGCUGGUUUAUUGGAUCUUCGCGACCACUUUGCCCGCGAUCAUGAUUUUCGCUGCGAUCUACGGUUUCUUCUCCGGUGCGUUCAACUCGCUCAUCAUCCCCUGCGUUGCGCAGAUCUCGAAGACGGGCGAGCACGGAAGACGUGUCGGCAUGCUCUACAGCGUCAUAUCCUUCCCGGCACUGUGCGGUGGCCCUGCGGCAGGUGCCCUCCUCAGGCUGCAGCACGGGUCUUACUCGGGCACGAUCGUCCUCAGUGGGGUGACCAUGCUGGUCGGAUCUUUCUUCAUGCUGUGGGCCAGGCUUACCAUCGACCCUCGGCUUUCGGCGCGCGUCUGA